GACUUUCCUGCCCAUUUUGGACUGUUUAAUUUUUAUUUGUUAAAGGGAUAAUUCGUAGGAGUCUCCGGAAUAUUCCGCUAUUCAUUUCUUCGGAAGGUCACCGGAAUUGCAUUGCAUUACACUGCAUUGAUCUUUUCAAUAAAAUUUUAUUUAUAUAUAUUUUCCAAACUUUUUGCGUUUGCGAUAUAUAUAUAUAUAUUUUUUGUGAGGGAAGAUGGUGAAUUAUUUGGUGGAGAGAGCUACGAGCGAUGUGCUGGUCGGGCCUGAUUGGGCUAAGAAUACCGAGAUCAGCGAAAUACUUAAACAUGAUCCUGGGCAAGUGAAAGGUGUUGUGAAAGGCAUAAAGAAGAAGCUUAAAAGUAAAAAUCCUAAAGUUCAACUUCUUGCACUAUCACUACUAGAGACCAUGAUACAAAAUUGUGGGGAAAUUGUCCAUAUGCAUGUUGCAGACAGAAAUAUUCUUCCUGAGAUGGUCAAAAUUUUCAAGAAAAGGCCUGAUUAUAGUGUCAAAGAGAAAAUAUUGAUUCUGGUUGACACUUGGCAAGAAGCUUUUGGUGGGGCAAGGGCAAGAUAUCCACAAUAUUUUUCUGCAUAUCAAGAGUUGUUGCGUGCCGGAGCAAUGUUUCCCCAGAGAACUGAGAAGCCUCCUCCUCAAAAUAAACACAAAUCUGAUCAGCAAGAGACAGCUGAGUCUUCUGAAGAGCCUGACUUCCCAACCCUGAGUUUGACAGAACUUCAGAAUGCCCGGAGUAUCAUGAAUGUCCUUACAGAAAUGCUAAGCGCAAUAGAUCCUGCAAACAAGGAGGGACUUAAGCAGGAUGUCGUACUUGACUUAGUGGAGCAGUGCCGCACCUUUAAACAAAGAGUUGUUCACCUAGUUAAUUCAACAUCGGAUGAGUCACUUCUAUGCCAAGGUUUAGCAUUGAAUGAUGAUUUGCAGCGGGUACUAGCAAAGCAUCAAUCAUUAGCUACAGGAACUUCUCAAGCAGACAAAAAUAAGCCUGAGCCUGCAAAAGAACCUGCCAAAGCCGGCGGUCCUCUGGUUGAUACUGGCCAUAUCAGCAACCAGUCUAAUGACAGAUCCAUCUCCAGCACUGCUGCAAGUUCUCAACAUACACCUCCAGCAGCAGCGAGUCCCAAAAUAGAUCUGCUUAGUUCCGAUGACUACAAAUCGCCAGAGGUAGAUAAUUCACUGGCCAUUGUUCCUUUUGGAGAACCACAACAACCAACUCCUGCACCAGAGCAGAACGCCAUUGUUCUAUAUGAUAUGUUCUCUGAUGGUAACACCAGCUAUGAUUCUUCAAGAACACAAGGUUUUGGUGGUCAAACCAAUCCUUUGACUCCUCAAAUUCAGCACCAGCAGAACUUUCACGCGAAUGGAAAUGCAGCAAACGUGGGAUCACCUGGAUAUGACACACAUGGUUUGACUGGACAAACCGAUCCUUGGACUACUCAAUUUCAGCAGCAACAGAAUUUCCAUGUGAAUGGAACUGCAACAAACAUGGGAUUUCCAUAUGAGAAGUCAUAUGCCCAAGGCACAGGUCCUUCCUGGAAUAGUCAGCUGGAUCAGCAUGCCGCAGACCCUUUCUAUGGUACCCAGUAUAGUGGCUCACUACCACCACCACCCUGGGAAGCACAGGGAGCAGACUCUAGCCCAGUUGCAGGUGCUCAGUGGCAACCCCAAGGAUCCCAACAUAUGGGAAGUGAUCAGGCGGUGGGCAUGUACAUUCAGCCGAUCACACCCGGUCAUUAUUCGACAAUUAAUAAUCAAGCCAAUCAGGGAAACCAGUUUACUGAUUUCAACCCCCAACAAAGCCCGGGAACUCAGUACAUGGGCAUGGUUCCACAGCAAAUGCCAGGUGGUCAAAUGACUUCUUACCCUCAACAUACUCAACAAAUGUACGGAAACCCCCAAAUGGGAGCAUCUGGGUUCGGUCAGCAGCAGUAUCUUGAUGAACAAAUGCAUGGGCUAUCCAUCAGAGAUGACAAUGGCCUAAGAAACUCUUCCUACCAGGUUUCUACUUCCUCUUACGUUCCACCCAGCAGGCCUUCAAACCCAGAAGAUAGGAUGUUUGGAGACCUUGUUGACAUGGCAAAAGUUAAAUCAACACCAACACCUCCUUGAAGAGCUGGUACAAUGUGAACCUGAAUUCUUUUAUUUAUUUUUUUAUUAUUUACAUUAUUUCAGAUGGCUAACUUCCUCUUUUCUCAUUUUCCUAUUUUUCCCCACUUUAAGCUCUCUUGAAAAUUUUAACUACAUAUAACAUAUAUUAUCCAUCUCUUGACUCCUAUUUUGCGUUGCAUGUUUUGGUAUAAGAAUCAUGCACAUCAUCCCCUGUACAGAAAAUGGAAAAAUCAAUUCAUUUGGGUUAAGUUGAUAUUUUUGACAUUUGGUUUUCUUUUCUUUUCUUAUUAUUUGUUCAUGUCAUAGAAUGCAUGUAUUGAACGUAUAAGGCUGUUGUAAUAUUUUACUCUCCCCAAUAGGCUAUUUGCUUUCGAUAAAGAGUUGUCUACAAUUAUAUUACUCAAACUCAACUUUGGGUGUCAAAUUCGGAUAUGAUUAGAUUAUCCCAAGUCUUUCAAUGUAUUUGGAAGAAAAUUGGAGGUAUUUGUGUGUCACAGAAAAUGAAUAGUUCGAACAACACAAGUCUUAUUGAAUUUCUCUACUCUUAAGAUGCAUUGGAUCUGGCGAUUUCAGACAUGAUCUAAAUAAUAAACAUGAAUAUAAUAUAAUAGAUAAGGGAUGAAUGGAUGAACUUAUCACAUUUAAUACAUCCAUAAUAUUAAU